CUGGUGAGAGCGAGAGGCGAGUGCGGCGGCGGCGGCAGGAGCGGGGUGGGGGCUUAGGACGGGCGGGCUGAGCCUGGCGCGUGGGAAGAGAGAGAAGUGCUUGCUUAAGCAACAUUUAUUAAUAAAGGACGGGUCCUUUCAACUUUGAAGAUGACAACUGUUUCAGUGCUAAAGGAGGAGCUGGUUUCCACUGAUAGUGAGCUGCAGGCAGUAGAGAUCCAGAUUCAGGAACUUCUGGAAAGACAACAGGAGCUUAUUCAUAAGAAGACGGUGUUAAAGAAUAAAAUAAAACAAUUUUCAGAAGAUUCAGAGGCUGGCGAAAGUGAAGAAACCGAAACCUCAGCUGAGGCAUGGAACAAACAAGACUUCCCGUGGUAUGAGAAGAUCAAAACUACAUUUCGUAAUAGCUUUAAACUGCAGAAGUUUAGGUCUCUGCAGCUUGAAACAAUAAAUGCUACAAUGGCAGGAAAGGAUAUAUUUCUUGUCAUGCCUACUGGAGGUGGAAAGAGUUUGUGCUAUCAGUUACCUGCAGUAUGUUCUGAAGGUUUCACACUUGUGAUCUGUCCUUUGAUCUCACUUAUGGAAGAUCAGCUAAUGGUUUUAGAACAGCUGAGAAUUUCUGCAACUUUAUUAAAUGCUUCAAGCAGUAAGGAACAUGUAAAGUGGGUUCACACCGAAAUGCUGGAUAAGAAUUCGCAGCUAAAACUCAUUUAUGUUACUCCAGAGAAGAUUGCAAAAAGCAAAAUGUUUAUGUCAAAACUGGAGAAAGCUUAUCAAGCAGGGAGACUCGCUCAUAUUGCUGUGGACGAGGUUCAUUGUUGUAGUCAAUGGGGACAUGACUUCAGGCCUGACUACAAGUCACUUGGUAUCUUAAAACGACAAUUUCCCAAUGCUCCAUUGAUUGGGUUGACUGCAACUGCAACAAGUCAUGUUCUGAAGGAUGCUCAGAAAAUUUUGUGUGUUCAGAAAUGCAUUACCUUUACUGCAUCUUUCAACCGGCCCAAUCUUUACUAUGAGGUUCGUCAAAAACCUUCAAACAGUGAGGACUUCAUUGAGGACAUUGUUAAGAUCAUCAAUGGAAGAUACAAAGGGCUCUCAGGAAUUAUCUACUGUUUUUCACAGAAGGACUCAGAGCAAGUUACCAUUAGUUUGCGGAAACUGGGAAUUAAGGCAGAUGCUUACCAUGCAAAUCUGGAGCCCAAAGAUAAGACCAAAGUUCACAAGGGAUGGGCAGCCAAUGAAAUCCAGGUGGUAGUGGCAACAGUUGCAUUUGGCAUGGGAAUUGAUAAGCCAGAUGUGAGGUUUGUAAUUCAUCAUUCAAUGAGCAAAUCCAUGGAGAACUACUAUCAAGAGAGUGGACGUGCAGGUCGAGAUGACCAGAAAGCUGACUGCAUUUUAUAUUAUGGUUUUGGAGAUAUAUUCAGAAUCAGCAGCAUGGUAGUGAUGGAGACUGUGGGGCAACAGAAACUAUAUGAUAUGGUAUCCUAUUGCCACAACAUGAACAAGUGUCGCCGCGUAUUGAUUGCUCAGCAUUUUGAUGAAGUGUGGGAUUCUGCAAACUGCAACAAAAUGUGUGAUAACUGCUGUAGAGAGAAGCUUUCAUUUGAGAGAAUGGAUGUAACGGGAUACUGCAGGGAUCUAAUCAAAAUACUAGAGCAAGCGGAUAACAUGAGUGAAAAACUCACUCCACUGAAAUUAAUUGAUGCCUGGCUGGGCAAAGGUGUGUCAAAGUUAAGAGUGGCUGAUGUUGUUCCUCCAACGCUCCCUCGUGAUGAACUGGAGAGGAUUAUUGCCCAUUUCAUUCUGCAGCAGUAUCUGAAGGAAGACUUCAGUUUCACAGCAUUUGCUACAAUAUCCUACUUGAAAAUUGGACCCAAAGCUGAUCUGCUAAAAAAUGAGGCAUAUGUUAUCACCAUGCCCGGGAGAUCAAACAAAAAAAGUGUUGACAAGGUCAAAUCUCCUCAGUCUUCUAAUUCUGGAGGGCCUGGUGGAAACGUACGAGAAGACAUUUCUGAGACUAUCCAGAACUCUGCUGCAAAGAAGACAAAAGCACAGAAACGGCGCCAUUGUGAGAACAACCCUAAAACAAAGAAGCUUAAGCUUGAGGAUGAUGAUGACUAGCUGGUAGUCCUGGACUGAAUUUUACAAUGAAAAGUAUAUCUAGGAUCCUACCAUUUCCGCUUCUCUGUGAGAACUCUGUGCAGAAGUAUAAUUUGUAUUUUAUUAAUUGCUUCUUUUAAAUGCAAAGGAUUUGUGUGUUCCUCAGAAAGGUUGGGCAAAAAACAAAUAUAUGCAAUUUCUGAACAUACAAGCAGGCAAAAAUCUGGCGUUAAGUAGACCAUGGAUAAACAAAGGGUUAUCAAAAUAAUCAGCCCAUAUCUGAUUAUAUGGGUCUGAUGUCUCAUGCAGAUCAUUUCAAUAUAUAUUGCUUUUUUCAAACCCUCUUUAUUUUACAAAGCACACAAUGUCAUAGUAAAAUAUACUGUAGUAAUGCACUUAAACUCAUAUAAACGUAAAGCAUCCUCAUUAUACCCUCUAGCUACACUGCUCCUAAUGAUAGGAAAAGCAAACUAAACCGUAUAUAUUCACAUAUGCAAAACAACAAAUAUAUUUAUCACAUUAUCUCUUAAAUUUCUCCUGCUUGUUGUUCAGAUGGAAAAAUUACCCUUUCAAGAUCUGUUUAAAUGUUAGAAAAGGGUAUGUUGGCUUAACAGUUGUAUUUUCUAAAGCAUGUGAAAAAAUUAGGUGCCCAACUCCUACUGAAAGUCAAUGGGAGUUGGGCACCUAAUUCCCUUGUGGGCUUUUCAAAAGCACCUUAUUUAAAACAAAAUUAAAACCCCACUUCCUUGCCCUUGAGCAGGUUUUUUUCGUUUAGUUCAUGUUGUAUUAUUCGGUGAAUGUACAAACAACAAUUUCACUAAUGAAUUUGACCAAGAAAAUAACAAGUCAUUACCUUUAAACACAAAUUAUAGAACUAGUUCAACAUACCUCAGCUUGGACCUCAUCCUGCUCCCAUUGAAGUCAAUGGGAAACUUGCCAUUCACUGAUGAAUAAUUAGGCCUAAAGUCUCACAGGAACACACAUACUUCUGCUCCAAUCUGUGCGGUGUUAGGAUGUGGGCAGUAUUCUCUGAUGAUCUGUUGACGCAUCAGUACUUCAUGGAGUAGAUAUGGAAAUGUGUUUUCCGGUACUCACACUGUUAAAGUGUUUUCGGCCUAGAAUAUGGCCUACCUUAAAUUUAUCUACUGCAGCCUCUCAACCCUAAUUUUUUAACCACUUUGUCUCUGAGAAACAUACAUAUAUAUUCAUUUAUGCACACCUGUUAUUUUUGUAGAUGGCAAAGAGAGCACAAGCCACGGAACAAUCCCUAUUGUAAAAUGCUGCUGCUACUUACUUACAACAGCUUAGAUAAUGAUAGCAAACAAGGCAGCUUUUGUUGGCUCAUCUGUCAGAAACUAGGAAGUAAAUCAAUGUUUUUAGCAGACAGAAAAGAACAACAAAAUUUACUAACAAAGACCUUGGAUAAGAUCCUCAGGUGGGGCAAGUUGGCAUAGUCCCACAUGUCAAGGGAAUAAUCAGUGCGGAUUUACACUAGCUGAGGAUCUGGUCCCUCAAAUUCAAGUUUCUACAGGAGAACAUAAAAUCACUUUUGAACUGAUUGGAAACAUUAUUUUAGGAGAAGUUUGAGAUGGCACACUGUAGCUGAACGUUAUCAUUUUUGUUUGCAGUGACACCCUGGGAGCUUGAAACUGACAUGUUCCUUUGACUAACUUUAUUUUAUCUUUAAAUAUGCAUCCAAAGGGUUGAUGAUGUAAGGUUACCAACAACCCUACAAUAACAAUCGGGAUUAUCAGGCAAGCUGUGUGCAUUAGUCAAUCUGAGAAAGGAUUGUUACACAUUAAGACCAUUCUAUCUGUCAUUCCUAAAUCCUGAAUAUACAGUGGCCUUGUUUAUACUCAGUAGCACUGUGCAAGUAAAAGCAUGUUGUUUGAUGGCAGGAUGCCAUGUGGCCACUGCAGGUUUUGUAAAGUGGCUUGUUGGGGUUCAUCCUUGCCCAUACUCCCUAAGGCAAAAUGCAUGCAUGUGCUUUAAAGUGUAUAUAUCUUUUACAUAUGUAUAUUAGAGGUAGACCCAAGCCCCUAGAACUUCGGUGAAGUUCUGAUCUGGAUCUGAAAUUUGACACAAGCCCAUGCCUAAAAUUUUUCUUAUCCCAUGUAAACAAAUUUACAUUUUACUAGCUGAAUUUUGUCCUGGUGAGCAAUCUGCAUAUCAGCUACUUAAAAUGAUGCUGUUGACAUGAAAAAAUGCAGAUCACUGAAAUUUAGUAGACAAAACUUGCACAAAUAGAUUAAUCCCUUUAAUGGGGUGGUGUAAGGAAACCUCAGGACUGCAUUGUUGUGCUUGCUUACGUUUCUGGGAUUGGUUGUCCAUAGCAGGUUCAUCUUAAUGUGCUAAGUGUUCUUUGUGGCGCCGAACUAGUUAAUCAAAACUGUAAUAAUUACUGAGACAAAGAAAUGAUGCUGAAAAAUGAUCUAUUAGAUCAUAGGAAAUGUUGGUGGUAGGACAACUGGUCUUGAUAAAUAUUCUGAAAGCGCAGGGAAUUUAGCACAUACAGCUAAAGUUUGUAGCUUUGGUAUUAGCUUUUGACUAUGAUGCCAUGUACACUGGCCCUGGAAUAGAAUUUGGAAUGUGAGUUUAAAUAUUGUUCCAAACAAAACUAAUUUUGAAUAGUCUUUGGCCUGUUUUGCUGGAAAUGCAUUCAAAAACAGUUUCCAAAUUCUGUUCCCAGUUAAGCAUUGACAGGGCCUGAGGCUGAAGGGGUGGGAGAUUUCAUCGUAGAAGGGAAUAUGAGUAGAAAACUGAGAGUUUGAGAGAGACCCACCAAACCAUUACUCUUGCUUUUUGCUAUAAAUCCAUCCUGGUGUUUUUUUCCCACAUAUAAGCUUGCAGAAAGUCUAGUGUUGAAUUUUUUUAGUAUUGUACAUUAACAAAUCACAGUGGAUCAGAAUUCAAGUAACUAUGGAGUAGGUGCCCAAUUCUACAUCGCAUAUGGCUUAAGACCUAAUAGCAGUACUGGUCCACCUUUCUUCUGUUAUAACUGCAGGAUGACAACUGCCAGGCUUUUAUGCUGGCAAGCUCAAAUGUCAAACAAUUUUUAAUUUCAAAGAUAUGAAUACAAAUGUUAUGGUUUUUAUUAAAUGUAGACAAAUGUAUGUAAGUGGCCUGUAGGCACCUGGUUGCACACUGACAUUCUUACCUGCACAUGUGCACUUACACCGGAAAUAUUUUCAUAGAAGUGAUUGUACUGACUUUUUGCACUGUGUUACAGAACUGGGCAUUGUAUUUCUAUGGAAGCUCACUAUUUUGCUUCAAAAUGUUGUAUCUUGAAACAAUUGCCGUACUUUGUUUUA